AUGGCAGCAAGCCAGGUCCAGCAUGCCAUUAUAGCUGUAGAUUACUUUACGAAGUGGGUCGAAGCUAAGGCACUGGCCACAAUCACAGCAGUGUUUACAAUUGACUUCUUAUGGAAGUUAAUUAUUAGCCGAUUUGGAUUACCACGAGUUAUAGUCACAGACCGAGGAAAGCAAUUUGACAAUGCUCAGUUCAAAGCAUACUGUAUUUCCAAGGGAAUACAUGUACAUUAUGCGUCUAAAGCUCACCCGAAAGCUAAUGGGCAAGUGGAAGUCACGAAUCGAACCAUCAAAAAGGGGAUUAAGAAGAGGCUGCGAGAGGCCAAAGGAGCUUGGCCAGAUGAGCUUUAUAAUGUGCUAUGGGCAUAUCGGAUAACACCUCGAACUGCAACUGGAAAAACUCCAUACUCCCUUGCAUUUGGGGCUGAAGCAGUAGUUUCCAUUGAAAUUGAACUCCUCAAUUACAGGACCGCAAGCACAGAUCACCAAGAAAACCAGGAAGAUCUCAGGGCUGAGCUAGAUCUCUUGGAAGAAACAAGAGAAAUAGCAAUUGCCAAAAUAGCCGUGUACCAGCAAAGAAUGGUCAAGUACCAUGAAGCCCAGGUUAGGCCAAGAGAUUUUCAAACUGGUGACCUAGUCCUAAGGAAAGUUAACCCAACUGGAAAGAAGGUGGGCAAGCUUGGCCCAAAUUGGGAAGGACCCUAUCAGGUCUUGCAUCAUGUCAAGGCUGGUGCAUACAGGCUUGCAAUCUUAAGGGGAAAAGAGCUGCCAAAUUCAUGGAACACUGAGCAUCUCAAGAAGUAUUACAAGUAG